AUGGAGCCCGCGGUAACGUCUUCCCUCUCCGGCGGUCAUUCUGCAGAGGUGAUCUUUGAAGUUCCCAGAAAUUGGGAAGAAAAGCUCGGCUCUCGCAUUGGGCAUGCCUGCCAACUCGACAUUGAUCAAGUGGCAGAAUGUCCCCGUGCAACAUGCAUCGCUUGCACAUUAGGUAUGGGAACUUUCAUUGCGAUAUUUUUGCUAGGUGAGUCCUGGUGCACAGUUGAUGGUAUCAGUAAGAUGAUUAGUAACGGGAUAAAUAUCUUGAGGCUGAAUAUUGGAGUCAUAUCCAGGGAGAUGUGCCACAAGGCUACCAAAAUUGUUCGCGCAUUGGAUGAGCUUUCCAAUUAUAAAUUUUGUACCUCAAUCGUUAUGGAUUUGGCGGCUGAAUGCGGUCCUGAGACAACGGUUAUGUUUGAAGAGGGCGACAAGGUAGAGCUAACUAUGGACGAAAGCCUAAAGAACAAAUGUACCAAGGAGCAAAUAUAUAUAAAUACCUCCGCCUUUCCUCAGUUGAUUCAUCAUCUUUAUAAGGGCGAUCGCAUUUUUUUCGGUGAUGGUCUCAUUUGCCUCAUCGUUAAAGAGGUCGGCAUGGAUCAUAUUGCGUGUCUAAUUGAGGAAGGGGGACCAAUUGGUGGUUAUCAACGGGUUUUUCUACCCCGCAAGCGGCUGUAUCAUCGCUACAUUGAAGCCAAUUACAUGAAAGGCUUAGCCUUCGCCUCUGAAUGCGAGGUCGACUUCAUUUUUACCAGCUACCCGGGCAACGCUCAAAUGAUCCUAGAUGCUCGAGCUCGACUGCCUCCACACACGAAAAUCUUUGCCAAGAUCGAAACCAAGGAGUCAAUAUUCAAACUGCAAAAAUACAUAAUUGCACAUUGUAACGUGGCGCGAAAGCCUGUCUUUGUGAUUGCUCAGCUUCUAGAAUCCAUGUACAAUAAGCCGAGACCAACACGUGCCGAGGCCUCCAAUGUCGCCAACGCUGUUCUAGAUGGAGCAGAUGGUCUUAUUCUGACUGUUGAAACCGCGGAAGGUAUUUAUCCUCACGAUUCUGUGAGGUUUAUGAGUCAGAUUUGUCGUGAGGCGGAGAGGUCACGAUUCCACAAGACGAUCCGUGCCGAGCUGAAUGCCUGCCGAUUGGCGCGGGGCCUCUGCAGACAGCAUGUCUCCCACGUCACGGCAUUGUCAUCUGUGGAAGCAGCAGUAAAUAGCCAUGCGAAAGCAAUUUUCGUCAUCACUACAAGCGGAGCAUCUGCCGUCGCCAUAGCCACCGCCGGUCCUUGUUGCCCGGUGAUCGCGAUCACACGAUAUCCUCGAGUCGCUCGUCACUGUCGGGCCUAUAGGGGACUCUUUCCUUUCGUCUACACCGACCAAUUUAAAUCCAGUCGAUGCAAGACUUGUGGUGAGUUCCUCCCCUUCCCUCCCCCUCCUCCUCUCGCUCUCUUGAGACUAACGUCAACGUUUGAUUUAAAUUUUCGUCUUGGUGAGUUAGGCGAACAGCUGGAGAAUUGGUCGGAGGGCAUGGAUCUACGACUUAACACAGCACUUGAUUCCGCUCGUGCUGAUGGCAUUAUCCGUCCACAUGAUAAUGUCAUCAUUGUCACUGGCUCAAUGGCCGGCCAAGGAAAUACCAAUACAAUGCAAAUAUUCCAGGCCCCCGGUGAUAAGUGUCAUUUGAAGGUCGUCUCCUCAAUACAGGACAUUGUCUACCUUGAUGUUGACCUGCAAGCUCUGCGACUGGCCAAUGGGAAGGGAGACUCCGAGUCCUCUCAGCGGGGUCCGGAUGGUGUUGACUCACUCCAAUAUCCUUUGUGA